AUGUUAACGGAGUGGAUGUUCACAAAUAACAGCUUUGACGAUGCCCGCCAGCUCACUUAUACAGAGUUCCCUUCAUUUUGGAGGUGGGAUUCAACAAACAAAUACUGGUUUCGAAGGAAGAGAGUGGAGUGUAUUGGUCGUAUCUCAUAUGUUCAUCCAUCAGCAGGGGACGUCUAUUAUCUCCGUAUACUACUCUCCCACAUCAAAGGUCCAACAAACUUUAUAGAUGUCAGAACAGUCAAUGGAAAAGUCUACAAUACAUUCAAGGAUGCAUGUAAUGCAAUGGGGUUAAUAGGAAAUGAUAAAGAGUGGCAUGAAGCGAUGAAGGAGGCUGCAAAUUGGGCAACCUCAAAGCAACUUAGGAAUUUAUUUGUCACAAUGAUUUUGUUCUGUGAAGUGGUGGAUGCAAAUGAUUUAUUUCAAGCAAGUGUUCAAAAUCUUGGAGAGGAUGUUGUUUACCAAUUGAGGCAGAAACUUGGCAUGUCCACAAUCAACAUUUCAGAAACAGAAACUACUAAUAGAGUUUUGGUCGAGUUACAAACGCUGUUAAAAAGAAAUGGUUCAUCACUAAAUGAGCCUGGACUUCCAGAACCUCAAACUGCACAGAUACAAGAAAUGGCAAACACAAUGUUAAACGAAGAACUUUCACACAACACGGAAGAGCUCAGAAACAAAAGCAUAACCUAUUUGGGAACAAUGAAUGUGGGGCAGAAAAAUGUAUAUAAUGCAGUGCUGGAAGCUGUUUAUAAGCAACAAGGAGGUUUGUUCUUCAUUUAUGGCCAUGGAGGUACAGGGAAAACAUUUGUUUAUAAUGCAAUUAUAGCAAAACUACGCUCCGAGGGGAAAAUUGUACUUGCUGUUGCCUCUUCUGGGAUAGCAUCACUAUUACUACCUGGUGGACGAACAGCUCAUUCCAGAUUCAAAAUCCCAAUUGACAUAAAUGAUGAAUCUACGUGUCACAUUAAAAAGGGCACUCAACUUGCAGAGCUUCUUCAAAAAACCAGCCUUAUUGUAUGGGACGAAGCUCCGAUGGCUCAUCGUUUCUGCUUUGAGGCUUUGGACAGAUCAUUAGAAGAUUUAUUUAUAAAUAUAGAAGACACAACCCAGUAUCCCCCUUUUGGAGGAAAGUGUGUUUUGCUUGGUGGCGACUUCAGGCAAAUCUUACCAGUAGUUGUAAAAGGCUCAAGACAUGACACAAUAAAGGCCUGUUUGACAAAUUCAUACUUAUGGAAGCAAUGUCGCGUCUUCACUUUAACAGAAAAUAUGAGAUUGAGUAUGGUGGGUUUGUCCAAUUAUGAUAACAUACAGCUCGCUAAAUUUGCUGAUUGGCUAUUACAAAUUGGCGACGGUACAGCUGAAGCAAUAAAAAUGAAAGAUGAUGAAGAGAGCCCUACUUGGAUACGCAUACCUGAUAAUCUACUGGUCCAAUCCAUAAAUGGAGAUGUCGAAGACAUAGUUUCAGCAGUGUAUCCUGAUUUCCUAUCAUCCUACAGUGACCCUAACUUCUUAAAAGAAAGAGCCAUCAUAAUCGGAACAAAUGAAGCAGUUGAUCUGAUCAAUUCCUGUGUGCUAGAAAUGAUCCCUUCAGAGCAAAAAACAUAUCUUAGCUUUGAUUCAAUAUAUAGAGUUGCAGGAGCAUCUGAUGAUGACGACUUACUCUACCCUCCAGAAUUUCUAAACUCCCUCACAUUCAAUGGUCUACCAAAUAAUGAGCUUAAGUUGAAGCUCAAUACACCUGUUAUGCUAUGA